AAGAUGCACAACAUGCAUUUUUUUUCACUGCUGUGAGAAUGCAAAAUGUAUAGUUGUAAUUUAUUUUGGCUUUUCAUAUUAUCAUUGCCCAGAACUAUUUAUAUCAGGUAAAUAUUACCUGUUAGGAAUGUUAGUGCAACACCCUUUGAGGACAACAGAUGUUGCUAAUUUAACAUGUCAGCCUAUUGGUCACUUCCUGGUCUCCAUGCACAAAAAAAUUGUGUGAGACUAUUAUAAAACGCCUUGGCUCUUUCCCUCCACUAUCCUGCACCUGUCCAUCAUGGAUCAAGAUUAUGAAAGGCGCCUUCUCCGUCAGAUCAACAUCCAGAAUGAAAACAUGAUGCCUUCUGUUACAGAUAUGAGGAGGACCUUGACACCUUCUAAUUCACCCGUCUCCUCCCCUAGUAAACAUGGUGACAGAUUCAUUCCUUCCCGAGCCGGAGCAAAUUGGAGCAUCAGCUUUCAUAGAAUAAAUGAAAAUGAAAAGUCUCCAAGUCAAAAUAGAAAAGCAAAAGAUGCCACUUCAGACAAUGGCAAAGAUGGCCUUGCCUACUCCGCCUUGCUAAAAAAUGAACUCCUUGGAGCUGGGAUUGAGAAAGUCCAAGAUCCACAGACUGAGGACAGGAGGCUGCAGCCCUCCACGCCUGAGAAGAAGAGCCUUUUCACGUACUCCCUCACCACAAAACGUUCCAGUCCUGAUGAUGGCAACGAGGUCUCUCCAUACUCCCUCUCCCCUGUCAGCAACAAAAGUCAAAAAUUACUUCGAUCACCUCGAAAGCCCACAAGGAAGAUAUCCAAGAUUCCAUUCAAAGUUUUGGAUGCUCCAGAACUUCAAGAUGACUUCUACUUGAACCUAGUUGAUUGGUCAUCCCUCAACGUCCUCAGUGUUGGUCUUGGGACAUGUGUCUACCUUUGGAGUGCUUGCACUAGCCAGGUGACGCGGCUGUGUGAUCUCUCUGUGGAAGGAGAUUCUGUUACCUCUGUAGGAUGGUCAGAACGGGGCAAUUUGGUGGCAGUUGGGACCCACAAAGGUUUUGUACAGAUCUGGGAUGCUGCAGCAGGAAAGAAACUCUCAAUGUUGGAAGGUCACACGGCCAGAGUGGGUGCUCUGGCAUGGAAUGCAGAUCAGCUAUCUUCUGGCAGUCGGGACCGGAUGAUCCUCCAGAGAGACAUCCGGACGCCUCCCUUGCAGUCCGAACGGCGCCUUCAAGGCCAUAGACAGGAAGUGUGUGGGCUGAAAUGGUCCACAGAUCACCAGCUCCUGGCAUCUGGUGGGAAUGACAACAAGCUCCUUGUCUGGAACCAUUCCAGCCUCAGCCCUGUCCAGCAGUAUACAGAGCACCUGGCGGCAGUCAAAGCUAUUGCUUGGUCCCCUCAUCAGCAUGGGCUCCUGGCUUCAGGAGGUGGGACUGCUGACCGCUGUAUACGCUUCUGGAACACCUUAACUGGGCAGCCUUUGCAGUGCAUUGACACAGGAUCACAAGUGUGCAAUCUUGCUUGGUCCAAGCAUGCCAACGAACUGGUGAGCACCCAUGGAUACUCACAGAACCAGAUCCUCGUUUGGAAGUACCCGUCCUUGACUCAGGUCGCAAAGCUAACUGGGCAUUCCUACAGAGUCCUUUACUUGGCAAUGUCACCAGAUGGAGAAGCCAUUGUGACAGGAGCCGGGGAUGAGACACUGAGGUUUUGGAAUGUUUUCAGCAAAACCCGCUCUACCAAGGAGUCUGUUUCAGUUCUUAACCUCUUCACCAGGAUACGGUAAAAAUCAACCCACGGACUGUAUUUUUGGGUCAAGACCACUAACCGGUGUGCAUGGAGCCAGAAGCCUGGAUUUGGGAGACGGGGUGGGUGGGAACCAGGGGGCAAGGUGUCAAUCUGUUUAGAGGGGACUCAGAGAUGCUUAUUAAAUACCUGAGUAUCAAUGCUAUUGAGCAUUAUUUAGGGGGGGUGGGGGGGGUGGGAAGGGAAGCUGGCAAAAAAAAAAAAGAAGAAAUAUUUUCUUGUCCUCCAGGACAGGAGACAAAUGGGGAAGGGCUUCAGAGAGAGGAGAAUCUUCAAGUGUGUGUCUGUGUGUAGUGUAUGUGAGUGAAUGAGUGAAAGAGAGUAAGUGCCCAAGUGUGCCUGCCUGUUGCACGAAUUUUUUUAAAAAAGGAAAAGGAGCAGGGGUCCUGGCCAUGAAGAUGAAUAAAAGAAAAUGAAUUCUGUGUAUCGAUAGAAAGUAAACCAGCUCUGAUGGAAGUAUCACCAAUGUGGCCAAGGAGGAAAAAGACAACUUUGCAGGAUUCAUUUCCCAAGACAUACAGAGUUUGUUGAUGUCAGUUCAGCAGCAUUUGGAUGGACCCCUGAGCACGUGGUGGAUUGGUUUGUGGGAGCGGUACUGAAAAGGGGAAGAGAAGAGUACUUUUAUUUAAGCCUUAAUCCUUCUGCUCUCCAGUUGUGCUGAAUGCACACCUGUUGUCAUUCUCAGCACGGCUAGGGCCUGAAGAACAGGCUGCAGGGAUGAGUGUAAUUCUUCGGGCGUAUUCAGCUUAAGGAAGGCUAAUACAGACCUGCAAGGCAGUAUUUUGCACGCCAUAUAUAGCCCCUGCAUCCUUUUUCAUUGCCCUCAGAACACCUCUGCAGUGGGCAAGGCCAAAUUUUCAGCCCUUUAUUUGUGCUUUUUUAAAAAAAAUAAUCGGAGAAACAAAAGUUGAAUAAUUAAGGAACAAAAUAAAGUGGGAGAAAUUUUUCCAUCUUGCUUCCUAAAGGGCUGUUUUUUUCCCUUCUGCUGAUGGGAAAACAAGGCUUUGUAAGAGCUAUCCGAUGCCUCAAAUCCUCCUCCUCCUCCUCUUCCUCCCCUUUUCCAGGAAGAAAAAAGGGGCUAAGCUUGUUGAGUUCAUCUUCUUAGCGAUGAUGGCAUUUCACCAGCCAUAACCCUGCAAUCCCUGGGCCAAGCGUAUCUUUUAGAAGAAAGAAAGAGUCCUUGGCGGGGGGGGGAGUUACUCAUCCCUGCUUAAGGUACACCGAUAUAAAGUGACUUGUCCCCAAACAGCACAGCAAUAUGUUUAUGCUGAACCAUUUCAUAGGUUUCAGAAUGAAGCCCUGUUGAUUUUGAAGAGUUUCCAAUAAGCAAAUAAGCACAAAUUGCUGGGCGAGAGCUGAGAGAAGGGUUGGCUUUUAAGCUUGACUUGGGGGCAAAUGUAAAGAGAUGCCAGAGAUUUGAAAGCCGAGGCUGGGUGGCUUGUGUUUUGAUGUGUUGGCGGGGGAGGGGGGGAGAAAUGUUGCUUUCCAAAAGGAAGAAAGCAUACAAGUUGAGUUCAUACUGUAUUUAAGACAAUUCGCAAUUUCGGCUCUUAGGGUUGAAUGUUAGAGUGAUGCACUUCCUUCUCUGUGUCCUAAUAUUAAAAAUUGGACUCCUUGCGGCUUGUCCAGAAUGAGAAAUAAGAGACCAAAUUGAGAAUGCAAGGAGAGAAUCGAAAGUUUAGGUCUAAUAAGUCUCGAUUCACUCUGAAGGAGCUAUAUAGGUUUGAGGGAUUUAUGUUUAGUGUUAGAAAGAAGUCAAUAAACGGAACAUUUUUGGUUAUAUGAAGUCCUGUAUUUCAGUCCAAAGUGAAUUUUUUUUAUUUUUUAAUUUGGUUGAAUAGGACAGAACGAUGUUGUUUAUUUGAAGCCCAGUUAGAAAUGCCAGGAAGGUCUGAGAUACGAAGACUACAGCACUUGAGUUCUACGUGUUGCUUUUAAAAUCAGUGUAUUUUGUAUUUUAGCAGCCCUUAUUCCUCUUUGUGAAGAACUACCCCAGCUGUACAAUCUGUUGCUUGUUUGCGGUGUCUUUGCACUUAAUAGAAUAUUUGCAGAAGUCCAGUUCUCUUUGUGAGCAUGUAAGGAAUCGACAUGUGGCCCUUCAUGCAUGGUGUGUAUCUUCUGGUCUUCCUCCAGCUUUGGGUUCUGUUGAUGUGGGAACUCCAGUUGCUAUCAUCCUUGAGCCCUUUUGACCGAGGGUGGUUUAAGAUUACACUGAUUGUAGUCACAUAGCACCAGACUGGGGGAAAUAACUGGUGUUGAGGCAAAAUUUUCUGCUUCUUAGACUAUGCAAGAAGUGCUAUGUACAAAUACCACAUAACCAACUAGAGUAUUCUUGAAAGGAAGUUCUGAAUAGAGCGCCGGUUUCCAUACAGAAGGAUGAGCGUUCUCCUGGAUGGCUAGAAUGUGAAGUACUUUCUCAGAAAGAUUAUUUCCGUUCCAUCCAAGGCCCUGUCAGCUUUUUGAUGUCCACCUGGUCUACACAGUGCUUUUGUUUUGGUGUUCGAACAACCGGCUUUGCCUCAGUGUAGUAUCUAACAUGACAAACCCAGCAGUUAUUUUUUUUUUAAAAAAAGAAAAAAAUGGCCCAUGGACUGCCAGCAUCUGAAGGAGGAUCCCUCUUGUUUACUUCCAUUCACAACGUGCCAUCUUGAGAUCAUGUUCAUAAGAAGAGAAUAAUUUGAAUCCCCAACUCUUAACUUUCCAUCUGGAGCAGAUGCUACAAAUGGGGAGUUUGUGGUGGGUUUAGCUGCCUCCAAAUAAGUAGUGUGUGUGUGUGUGUGUGUGUGUGUGUGUGUGUGUGUUGUCUCAAUUCUCAUAUGGGUUGCAAGAGUUGAUUGUACUGACGCAUGUUGACCAGUUAUGUGUAAGAAAAACAAAAAUCCACGUAAGAG